AUGUCCACCACAGUAUUUGUAUCAGGAGGCAAUCGAGGUAUCGGACUCGGCUUAGUCCAGAAGUAUGCAGCAAGGGAGAACUACACUGUUGUAGCAACCGCUCGAGACCCUUCUCGGAUGCCUGAUGUGAAGGUGGCAGCAGGAUCGAAGGUUGUUGUUAUAAAGAUGGACCAAGCGAAGAAAGGCGGGUGCAUCGAGGCAAUCGAGGAAGCCAAGUCAAAAGGCAUAACACAGUUCGACAUUGUGAUCUGUAGUGCUGCUACAUUGCUGGUUGAAGGAUACGCACCGCUUCGAAAUGUACCACUUGACGUCUUUGAGGAGCAUUGGCGAGUCAAUGUUCUUGGCUUCCUCGCAGUCUUCCAAGCCACCGUUCCACUCAUCCGAAAAGGAGGAAAAUUCAUUUUCAUUUCUUCCGGUUCUGCGACUAUAGAUCAAGUACCUCGAGGAUAUGAAGUGACGUACGGUAUCAGCAAGAGCGGAGCAUCCUACUUAGGUCACUUUGCGCACUACGAGGAACCCGACCUCAUUGUAUUCCCCCUUGAUCCAGGAUGGACACAAACCGAUAUGGGUAACGCAUCCGCCAAGAAUGCUGGCGUAGAUGCCCCUCCCUUGACUAUCGAUGAAUCAACCAGCGGAAUGAUCAAGGUCAUCGAUGAAGCAACAAGAGAGACUCACGGUGGGAAGCAAAUGAGAUAUGAUGGUGGGCAAAACAAGUGGUAA